AGAUCAUGCGAUCCACUACGUCCCAAGGGUUUGGGACGGCCGAUCCUCCCCCUCCCUUUGGGCUCACCAAGACACCCCAAGAAACCCUAAACACCGAGAAGCGGGUCAGCCGGAGCCCAACAAAUAAAAUCAGCGGUGAGGUGGACUAUCCCAUUCCUCGGCAGACAGAAAGGGGGACCGAUGAAUGCCAUGGACUGUCGGAAGGGAACAAAAGACCGAAUUCUUGCGCACCACCACCGCCGCCGUCGACCCCGCUGCCACCCAACCCGGUAGGUAUUUCGCAGAACAAGGACUCGGUAGCGACCAGGCUAGCCGGAUGGCGAUGACUCGAUCAAAAGUACGGCGCAACCACCCGUCAGUCGUCACUCGUCACACCGCCCUAACCAGCUAUCCCGCACGAACGAACCGCAGGAACGGAUUGCUGUCUGUCAUUCGAGCGUCCCGUUCCCAUGGCACAUCACAAAUCCGAUGCCCCCGAUCCACGGUUCCGGGUUUCCAAGUUUCCGUGCCGAUCCUGUGCAGCUUUGGGGAUAGCCCGGGGCUCCGGAGGCGGCUGAAAAGGGACGACAGCAUCGGCCUUGAGGCUGGCGAGGAGCAACUUGCUUUUCUUUUUGCCCAAUCCCGAGCCGCGGUGGUGGGUGGGAUUUUUGUUCGUCUCAUGCGUGGGAAAGCCACGAAAGGGCCCGAGUCCUAUCCUGUGUGUAAGCCGUACGGUUGCGAUUGGCCAGGCCGGAACCGCCUCGUCGGUGAUCCCCACGUUUUGCGCUGGUUAGUGUGCUUAUCAAGGGCGUAUUGCUGUUUCUGGACGCCCCGAUACGUUCCUCUGCCUCGCGGAACAAGAGCGUCUUGCCUCAUCCGGGUUUCCAUCUGAGUCGGUUUCGCCCGGGGUGUCUCACAGACCACAUGUAGGGCGCCUGUGGGCGGCGCCUUGGGCGUCCAGUUGCCGGCCUGGG